AUGCGGGCAUUCUACGCUGUCACUGUUCAUUUGAUAACGGAUGGAAAAUUUCAGUCAUAUGUUCUAUCGUUGUUACCAUUGUCAGGUAUGUUUAACAGAUGAAGGACCUACUGAAUCAUAUCCGGCGAGCGAAAAUUGCUGUAGUUCAGACUCAAAGAACCGUGGUUUUCUGAAAAGAGCGAGAAAGCAGAUCAUCAUGUCCCAUUCUUCAGAGACCAAACCAAAGUUGUUCGUUCCUCGCGAACUGUACCUCAACUUUUUUCUCGAAGAUUUUUAAACAUUUUUUGAUGUCUGUUUGAGAAAAUUCGACUAAAAUCUUUUUAAUUUCCUACUCAAGGCUGCAUCAACGUAAAAAAUGGAUGAAAAAUUAAGAAAAUAGAAAGAGAAAAUGAACAAAAAAUUAGGGUAGCCCUCGUCUGUCUAAGUUUCUCUCGGCCACCCACCAUUUUGGCUCUGCCGUUCUUUACUUGCAGCGUCAGAUGUAUUUUAUUAUGCAGCUUAAUUUCAACAAAAACGAUAAAACAUUUUGUACCACUAUUGUUCGCAUUUGUCUAGUGUUCUCACUUACUACAAGGAUUACGCUACGCCAUUUACUCGCUUUCUGGCCAUGAUCUAAGCUUUUUUCCGUUUCUUUAGGCUGCCACUCCGGUGACAGUUUGUUGAGUGAAUAUGAAAAAGUAAUUUCAAGUUACAAUAUUCAACAUAAAAUCGUCCGUUUGAUCACCGACAGCGCUGCAAACAACAUAAAGGCGUUUAAAAAUCUAACAUUACCGG